UCAGCUGGAAUCCGGGGAAACCACCAACAGGAAUAUUUUCACUGAGCUAGCUAGUAUCCAUCUGUCAACUUGUUUCCCUCGUUUUCUCCUUUCCUUGCUGUCAGAGCGCCAGGUUGGCGAUGUCGGAGUCCUACGAUUUCUUGUUUAAGUUCCUGGUGAUCGGGAACGCCGGAACAGGCAAAUCCUGUCUGCUGCACCAGUUCAUAGAAAAGAGAUUCAAAGAUGAAUCUAAUCACACAAUUGGGGUGGAGUUUGGCUCCAAGAUCAUCAAUGUGGUCAACAAAAUGGUCAAACUGCAGAUUUGGGACACAGCGGGACAAGAGAGGUUCAGGUCCGUGACCAGGAGUUACUACAGAGGAGCAGCAGGAGCUUUGCUGGUCUAUGACAUCACCAGUCGAGAGACGUACAACGCUCUGACCACAUGGCUGAGUGACGCCCGAAUGCUCGCCAGUCAGAACAUCGUCAUCAUCUUGUGUGGAAACAAAAAGGACCUGGACGCUGAUAGGGAGGUCACAUUCCUGGAGGCGUCACGCUUCGCUCAAGAGAACGAGCUGAUGUUCCUGGAGACCAGUGCUCUGACAGGAGAAAACGUUGAAGAGGCCUUUGUGCAGUGUGCUCGCAAGAUCCUCAACAAGAUAGAGUCAGGUGAGCUGGAUCCAGAGAGGAUGGGUUCAGGUAUCCAGUAUGGCGACGCCGCAUUACGACAGCUCCGUUCUCCUCGCCGUGCUCAGCCGCAGGGCGCCCAGGAGUGUGGCUGCUAGUGGAGGCGCUCAGUAUUGUACACAAACGAGUGUGUUUCAGACAGGUUUGUGAAGGCCAGAAGAGGAUCAUGAGCCUCUGGGGACCCAAAUGUUUGAGGCUUCAGGUCGCUGUGCUGGUGAAUCCUCUCCGACCUUUGAUUUGAUCUCGACGCCAAAUCUUCAGAACCUUUUGGACCUUCAUCAUCAUGGUAACACCUGCAGAGAGCCAAAAACACUUUCAAGCCAUGCCCCUGCCUCAGAUCUCAGAGCAUCUCCACGAUACCACUGGCAGCAUACCAUCUAACAUUGAGCUUCAUGAUUGGACCAAGCCCUUUACAAGCCUUUCAAUUAGGAUGUGAGUUACCAACAAGUAUGUAACAUGCCGUUAAUCCUGCACUUCUCCCUAUUUAACUCUCAUUGAACUCUGCUUUAGCUCCUCGCUUGUCAACAGGAUGAGUCAGUUUGGAUUUUUUUUUUUUUUUAAUGAAUGAAUGAAUGAAUCCAAUGAGUGGUGGUAGAUUAGGGGUACUUGUUAAUUAAACUACACUUAACCAGUGAAAUGCUUUAUUGAAGGUUUACAUCCCUCUUCCAUAAACUAUAUUUGGACUGUAUGCGAGCUAGCAGUCAUGAGUUGUCUUAAUAUUUUUUUUCUUAAUGUUCCCAUAUUUAGUGCUUUUGUUAACAUAAAUCAAAAGCCACAAAUUAAAAUCCUUUUUAUCCCCUUUUUGAAAAGAACACACAUUUGUUUCCUGCUUAAAUUGGCGCUCUGCUGGCAAUUUCACAGAAGCUUUAUGCUAAGCUCAGCUAAUAGCCUCCAGGGCCCAGUUGUUCAAAAGGUUUAAUCGGGAUAACAAUGUUCCCAUUUGAUAAUCCACUUUUUUCCCACCUGGGAUCAAUUAAUUGAGCUCUAUUCUAAACAAAUCAGAAUAACCAGUGCUCUAAACCGGGCUAAGCAGCAAAUUGCAUGCAAACUAAGAGCUCCCCAUAGCUGCUGUAAAUGAGAUAUAUAAUGACCCACACUGAUACUACUUAGGGAAAUAUUUUAUGAGGACAAAAUCCUUCAUCUUGAGUGACACCGAGGGGUACCUCCUCUACUUUUUCACUGAAGAAAAACAACAAUUUAGAGCAAGGUGUAUAUUAAAAAAUCUAUCAGAAUGUCAAUAACCCUGUAAAAAUGUUUCAUUUCUGUCCAACUGAAUAGUUUUUAUUCAUUUUUAAGUAAAAUCCAGACUGAAUUCAGCCCUUCGAUUGGAUCAAAUAACCAGGAUUUUUUUUGGAUCACAGUAAUAUUACUCAAAAGUUUUGAACAACAAAAACUGGAGGAUGUGAUUUUAUCAGAUUGCAUAUGUUUUUAUACUUUUGAAAAACCUGGUUUCAAGAUUUGAUCCAGUCUAAUAGCUUUAAUCCUGCAGAAUUAUUUUGUAACAGUUGGGCCCUGACUCUAGAUCAGUGAUCAUCAACUGGCAGCCUGGGGGGCCACAUCAGGCCCUCCACAUCCUCCCGUCCGCCCCUCGGAACAUUAUUGCAUUCAAAAAAUGUGCAGAGAAAAAAUACUGCAAGUUGUAGUAUUUCAGAUAUAAUUUUUUAUAAACUCUCUACAGCUAUUAGAACAUGUCCACAAGCAAUAGAGAUGGAAACAGUUCCAUCAGGAGUGACUUUAUGUUUGAUCAUUUUUUCAGAAAUCAACUCGUCAGCCAUUACUAGUAAAUCUGAGGCAUGUUGAACACAUACUUAUCAGUUAGUUCUUGGUUAAAUCUGUUGUUUUCUCUGUUAACGUUAGGGUUUUGGGGGUGCAUUUUCCUUGCUCCGGGGUUUCACUAAUCACAGUAUUAGAGUAUAUGUCAAAGUCGAUGAUGGACAACAUAACAGCCCCAGACAUAAUAUCUCAAUCGCCCCCUUGUGUCUGGCUACAGUUUAGGGACUGAUCUCGCUGUUAUGGGCUAAACAUGAUGUACAUUUGAAAAAAAAAUCCUCAGACAAAAAUAUGUUAUUUGGCCAGAUCUUUUUAUCAUUAUUAAAGUGUAUUUGAGAGUUCAGCCCCUAAAGUGUCCAUUCAGUAAAAAAACUGACCCAAAUACAAAUGUAGUUGAUGACUCCUGCUCUAGAUACCUGGCAUAUAGAUGAGAGGUAUUCAUUUUCUUGCAAUACAGUUAUACCAAAUUGUUGACAUAUUCCUUUAUGCAAUUUCAUGUUAAAAUCCCUCCUCGCAGUCAGCAGUAAGCUUAUUUUGUUUUAUUACCUCUACAACAUUAAUAGUACUGAGUACACUUAUAUUUUUCACUUCUUGUAUGCUCGAUGCACUCCUUUUCUCUGUAUUAAGUGAGCCCAGGCAUGCAGAUGCAAAGUUACACUUAAACCUGCUCUCCUGCCUUGCAUCACUUCCUUUCUUGCAGCCUAACAUCCAACUAUUCUCUGUUACCUGCCUGCACCUCUGCACACCUGUCCACUGCCUGUCUGUUUGUUCAGCCACCCCUACAGUAUCUUACACACUGUACAGUGUUUUACUGUAUAUAAAGACUGACGCAUGUUUUGUCAAACAGAAUAUCAGAGCAUUUCAUUUUGAAGAGAUAUAUGUAUAUUAAAGUAGAAGUCAUAUCCAGCA